AUGAAUAAUUACAAAGCAGUUCAAAUUUAAAUAAUUGAUUAAUAAUGUUAACAAUUACAAGACAGUAUAUCUGAUUUAGGAUGUUAUUACUCUUUAAUUAAAAAGGAUGCAAAAUUUAUAGAUGUUGCAUUAUUUGCAGAUUCAAAUAAUUGUGUAAAAAUAUCAUUAAGUGAUCCAGAAUCAUUAAUUAGCAUGAUCAUAAAAAAUUUAACAGAUAAGUCUGUAAAUAUAUCUAUUAAUAUUUUAGGUAUUAGGUAGAUUGAAAUUAUCUGUUAGGGAGAUAUUAGAAUACAAAUAAGAAUAUACAUAAUGGUAUGAAUUUUAAAGUGAAUGUUCAACAUAAAUAAAAGUGUAAUUGAGAUUUAUAUUGUUAUAAAAUGAUGUAGCAUCUCCAUCUCCAAUAAAAAGUUCUUUAAAUAAUUCUUAAUAAUAUUCAUUAUCAUCAAAUAGUUAUUAAGAAUAGAGUGGAAAUAGUUCAGAUAAAAAAUAAAUGAUUCAUCCUCAUUAUCUAACUGUAGGAUAAGAACAUGAUUAUCCUAUAAUAUCUUAAUUUCCUACAUCUCCAACAUUUAAAAGAAUGAUAGAUGUAGCUACUCAAGUAGAAUGUGAAAAUUAAGAUUUAUUUACAUUGAAAUUAGAUAAGGAAUAAUUAAUAGAAUAAUACUAAUAGAGUUAGAAUUAAUUAAUGAAAUUACAAUAAGAAUUUUUAUUAUAAAAUAGUUUAUAUAAGGAAUAUGAUUCAUAGAUUAAAUUAUAACUUGAAGAAAUCUAAAAAAUGAAGAUUUAAAUUCAAAAUUAUUAAAAAGAAAUAUUAUUAUUUAGAUAAAAUGAAUAAUAAUAAUAAUAAUAGAAAUCAUAACCUUUAGAUGAUGCAUUGAUUGAAUAAAUUAAAAAAUUAAAAAUAACAAUUAAAUAAUUAGAAGAAUAAAAUUAAAAGUAAAAAUUAGAAUUAGUUAAUUAAUUAGAAAUAUCAAAUAAUUAAAAAAAUUAAAUAAAUGGAAUAACUGAAAAAUUAGAUAGAAAUGAUAGUAUAUUAUAAUUAACAGAGGAAUAAAAUGUAUAAUAAUUUAUAUAUAUAGAAAUAUAUUUUAAGUCUUAAUUAAUAAUUAGUUUUAAGAGAAUAAGAAUAAAAUACAAUUAUUUAAGAAUAAUAAAAGAAUAUUGA